UGUGAUUCUAACCUUUUCAUUUACUUGUACCAAUUAGUAUGCAUUUUUAUUUUCUCUCUCUCAAAUUUUUUUAUAAAACACUGUCUCAACACUCAAUAGUCCCUCAAUUCUCUUAUUCGUGGCCAAAUAAAUUCAAUCCCUCCAUUUCUCUCUCACUAUCAGUGUCAUAGGCUUGGUCUGAGAGAGAGAGAGAAAUGAGUUUCAGGGAUGAGAACGAAGAAGGGAGGGAUCUCAGGAAGCCAUUCUUGCACACUGGGAGUUGGUAUCGUAUGGGGUCAAGGCAGUCCAGUAUGAUGGGCUCGUCUCAGGUCAUUCGUGACAGCUCUAUCUCUGUCGUAGCUUGUGUUUUGAUUGUCGCUUUAGGACCAAUCCAGUUUGGUUUCACUUCUGGGUAUUCAUCACCUACUCAAUCCGCAAUCACUUUGGAUCUUGGGCUUUCGGUUUCAGAGUUUUCUUUAUUUGGCUCUUUAUCCAAUGUGGGUGCAAUGGUUGGGGCAAUAGCAAGCGGUCAGAUUUCCGAAUAUGUUGGUCGAAAAGGGUCCUUAAUGAUUGCUGCCAUACCAAAUAUUAUUGGAUGGCUUGCCAUAUCCUUUGCCAGAGAUUAUUCAUUUCUCUACAUGGGAAGACUGUUGGAAGGGUUUGGUGUGGGAAUAAUAUCUUAUACGGUUCCUGUGUACAUAUCUGAGAUAGCACCUCAGAACAUGAGAGGUGGUUUGGGUUCAGUGAACCAGCUUUCAGUCACCAUUGGAAUAAUGCUGGCUUAUGUGCUGGGACUUUUUGUUGAAUGGAGAAUACUGGCAGUUUUAGGUAUGCUGCCAUGUACAAUAUUAAUACCUGGUCUGUUUUUCAUUCCUGAAUCUCCUAGAUGGCUGGCAAAAAUGGGUAUGACAGAAGAAUUUGAAGCUUCUUUGCAAGUUCUCCGGGGGUUUGAUACUGAUAUUUCCAUUGAAGUAAAUGAAAUCAAGAGAUCUGUAGCAUCAACAAGCAAAAGGUCAACUAUCCGGUUUGCGGAACUCAAACAAAGAAGAUAUUGGUUUCCUCUGACGAUUGGAAUUGGAUUACUUGUUCUGCAACAGCUUAGUGGAAUCAAUGGUGUCCUAUUCUAUUCCAGUACCAUCUUUGAAACUGCUGGGGUUACAUCAAGCAAUGCGGCUACGUGUGGACUUGGUGCUGUUCAGGUCCUUGCCACUGGAGUGACUCUAUGGUUCGUGGACAGAUCAGGGCGCCGGCUUCUUCUUAUUAUUUCUUCCUCUGGAAUGACCGUUAGCCUCCUAAUUGUUGCAGCAUCAUUCUAUCUAAAGGAUUUUGCAUCGGAGGAUUCUACUUUUUAUAACGUAUUGGGCAUUGUUUCAGUGGUUGGAGUUGUGGCAAUGGUAGCGACCUUUUCACUAGGAAUUGGAGCCAUUCCAUGGAUUAUAAUGUCAGAGAUUCUUCCAAUCAAUAUUAAGGGCCUUGCCGGAAGUAUUGCAACGCUUGCCAACUGGUUCAUUGCCUGGGUGGUGACCAUGACUGCAAACUUACUCUUGGACUGGAGCAGUGCAGGAACCUUCACCAUUUAUAUGGUAUUGUGUGCCUUUACUGUGGUAUUUGUUACACUUUGGGUCCCUGAAACUAAAGGGAGAGCUCUGGAAGAGAUUCAGUUUUCCUUCAGAUAAAAUUUUCCUCUUUCUUUUUGUUUUCACCUUUUUUAUUAGAAGAAACAAAUUUCUGCGAUUCCAAUUUUGCAAUGAUUCUGCAGAUCCUGUGCGAUGUAAACAUGUAUAUCUUUUGCCCAUGCAUAAAGACAGCUUUUUCAGUGAGCUGUGUGUUUCUACAAA